AUGUUAACUGAAGUGGAAAAUAAUGACAAAAAUAAAAAUCCAUCUUCAGCAGCUGAAGAAAUCAAGUUUACCGAACGAAUGAGAAAAGCCACAAGGAAAGAACAUCGAAUUAGUGAUGCCUUAAUUAAUGCAAAAAUGACCAUUGGAAUGACUGAUAGCAAAGUAUGGGUAGAAGGAUUACGAAGAUUUUAUGUUGUUUACCAGUAUCUAGAGAUUGCAAUGAAAAAAGAAGAAAAUUAUAACUUACAUAAAUUUGGCCAAAUUAAUGGAUUGUUCCGUACUCAACCAUUUGAAAGCAGCUUACGACAUUACUUAGGAGAAAAAUGGCCUUCCGGAACAACUAAGGCCAUGGCUGAAUACUCAAACUACUUAUUAAGUUUAGAAAAUGAGAAUCAUGUACUGUUGUCACCAUUUAUAUAUCAUAUGUAUAUGGGCAUUUUAUCUGGUGGUCAAAUAUUGAUGGCUAAACAAAGAAUGGCUUUCUCAGAUGGAAAAGGAUCUGAAGCAUUUUACUUUGAUAUUAAUGUAAGAGAGGCAAAGAAUCAUUUACGGAAUGAAAUGAAUGCUUUGGCGGAAAAGCUAGAUGACGAAACAAAACUUAGAUUAUUAAAAGAAAGUAAAAUGGUGUAUUUAUUGAAUAAUAAAUUAGUAAAAGAAGUCAAAGUUCCUACAGAAAUUUUGUUAAUCAAGUUAAUAUUUGUUAUUGGCAUUUUUAUUUUAGUGAUCCUAUUAUGGAAGGUAUCAAAAAAGUUUCUUAUGGUUUUAUUCUAG